AUGAAGCAUUUAUAUUUCUACUACCUUCUAGGAGUGAUAAACUUCCGAUACAACAGAUCAAAGGAUACAUAUACAACCAGUAGCAUAAUAAGCGCACUAAAAGUGAUUCUUCACAUAAUUGUACCGAAUGCGCUUCUGUUGUGGAUUUCAGUGAUUGGCAAAAGUGGCAUAUUACUUACCGUGCCUUCGGUGCACAUAAUGGUAUUCUUCAUGCGCAUCUCCUUCACAGUGCUUACGAUGAACGUGAACGUUGUUUUAAACUAUUACGUUACCAACAAGCAACAAAUCGCCCUACUGGAUACGUGUCGCGAAUGUUUCCGGCAGGCUAAAAGCUUCAACCCGGGUGAUGGCACCAAAAAUCCUUCAUUUCGUGGUUCACUGAUUGUGUUGGGAAUUUUCUUGCUGCAUUAUGCUAACUACGAGCUAAACCAGUACACGUACGUUAUACUGUACGAUGAAAAGUGGCCUGAACUAACGUUUUACGUUGUGUUUUACUUUAUCGAAAUGAUCACGGUCAUGCAUGCUCUUUACUAUGCUUCUGUGCUUGAAAUGAUACGUUUGGGCGUGCGGUUAGAUUGUGCUCAAUUGUCCAAAUGCUUGGAACAGAACCGGAAGCACGAUAGUUCUGGUAGCUUUGAUGAUUCUUACUGGUGGCGUACGAUCGAACAUUUCUACUCACGUUUGUUGGAUCUCCACGAACGAAAGAAAAAUUACUGCCGAACGUUUCGAGUGCAACUAGUAACGAUCGCUUUGAAUACGUUCAUUUGUUCAUUUUCCAUAUUUUACGUUAAUCUGAACAGUAUCCUAGCGUACAAUCACGACAAUUGGCUGGAGAAGUAUAAGCGCGUAACGGAGUGUUCAGGAUUCUUUUCGCAGCUGGGCGCUUUGCUUCUGCUUUGUCGACAUGCAACCGAGCUUGAGGGUGAACAACACACCUUGACACGAUUAAUUCUACGAGCCCAAUUGAAGUUGAGAGAACAUUCCUCGAACAUGGUACGUAGUUUAAGAUUUUGUGGUUGGAUUAUUUAAAUUGUUGCAUAUUGCUUUCAGAAACGUGGUGAUUUGUUCAAUAGCAGAAUUCUCAUUCUUCAAUCCAAGAUGAAAAUUGCACCGUACGAUCUGUUCGAUUACGAUAUGGAGUACUUCUUUGGGAUGGUAGCAGCGAUUGUUACGUACCUGGUGGUAUUGUUUCAGUUUCGGGCAUUAGAAUAA